AUGUUAUCACAACCACUAAAUUCUUAUAAAGUUCUUGAUUUAUCACGUGUACGUGCAGGACCAACAGCUGUUCGACAGCUUAGUGAUUGGGGUGCUCAGGUAAUUAAAAUCGAAAUGCCAAAAAAUAAUUCUGAUGAUGAUGAUAAAAUUGAUACAUCUGAUUAUCAAAAUAUUCAACGAAAUAAACGUUCAAUAGCUAUUAAUCUUAAACAUAAUGAUGGUAUACGUAUUUUAAAACAACUUGUUAGUACAACGGAUGUAUUAAUUGAAAGUUUUCGACCUGAUGUAAAACAUCGUCUUGGAAUUGAUUAUGAAACAUUACGUGAAAUUAAUCCUCGAUUAAUUUAUGCUUCUAUAUCAGGAUUUGGUCAAACAGGACCAUAUCAAAAUCGACCUGGUUAUGAUCAAAUUGUACAAGGUAUGGGUGGUCUUAUGUCUGUGACAGGAUUACCAGGCCAAGGACCUGUUCGUGCUGGCAUUCCAAUUGCUGAUCUUUCAACUGGUUUACUUCUUGCCAAUGGAAUAUUAAUUGCUUUAUUAGAACGUCACUCAUCUGGUCAAGGUCAAUAUAUUGAAACAUCACUACUUGCUGCACAAAUUUUUAUGUUAGAUUUACAAGCAGCUAGAUAUCUUGUUGAUAAUGAAAUACCAUCACAAGCUGGUAAUCAUCAUCCAACAACAAUUCCAACAGGUACUUUUCGUACAUUGGAUGGACAUAUAAAUAUAGCUGCUGCUCAACAAUCAGAAUUUAAACGCUUAUGUAAAGCAUUAAAUCUUGAAAAUUUAUCAUUAGAUCCUGAUUAUCAUACAGCUGAGAAACGUUCUAUUAAUCGUGAAAAAUUAAAUACUCAAUUGGAGACAGUAUUUUCUACAAAAUCAACUGAAUAUUGGAUUAAUGAAUUGAAUAAAGAAAGUAUUGCCUGCGGACCAAUAAAUCGUAUUGAUGAAACAUUUGCUGAUCCACAAGUAAAACAUUUACAUUUAACAAGUCAUAUUGAACAUCCCAAACGUGGUGGUAUGGAACUUCUUGGACAACCAAUAACAAUGAGUCGAUCACAAUGGUUAAUUCAUCGAAGAGCCCCUCAAUAUGGAGAACGAACUAGAGAAAUUCUCAAUGAACUUGGAUAUGAAACAAAUGAGAUCGAAGAUCUUCUCACCCGAAAUGUUGUUUAUACUUCCUGUUAG